AGCAACCGCAGGGAAUAGUCAUACCUAAUUUUUCACCCCAGAGGUUUUUACUUAUUCUCCAGUCGCACUUUGUGGCUAGACUCAUACUUGCACUUCAUAGUUGAAAAAAUUAUAAUUCACAUAUAAAAGAAAACGUAAUUAAAAACAGUUAGAAAAUGAUUUAUCAUUUCAUGAGAAUUAAGCAAUACGGGCAUUGCGUCAACAAGUAAAACUAUAAAUUUUUAGAUAGUGAUAUUAAACAUGAUUUAUCUAACUUAACAGUUCUGAAUUCUUUUUUCUCCGGCCUUCCUCAUUUCACUCUCCCGCUUUUUGAGCAUAGUGUUAUGAAGGGUGAAAAUCAUAAGAGGUUCUAUUCGUUCAUCCUAUAAGACAUAAGAAGGUAUUGUGGGUAUAUAAAACACCAAACCUGUACCGUCAGGCGGCAGCGGAACACAUAAAGUGUCGUGAAAAGUGGCUAAGACAAUGGAAGUAAGACGAGUGCCGGAAGAACCAAAAGUUUGUUAUUGAAAACCCAACAUUAAGAUAAUUUUUUUAAAAUGGAUGAGAAGACUAUUGACUCAAUUUUUUCUGGAUCAUUAAAAUCAUUACCGCCAGUUAGUUCGAAAAUCGUGAGAAUAUUUACCAGCUCCACUUUCACUGACACGACAAUGGAGAGAAACACCCUGAUGGCUCAAUGCUAUCCUAAGCUUAAGGAUUAUUGUCGAGAAAAGCAUGGAUUAGAAUUUCAGGUGGUAGACAUGCGAUGGGGUGUGCGUGACGAAGCUACUGAUGAUCAUAUGACAACCGAACUAUGUAUGAGAGAAAUUGAAAAUUGUCAAAGACUUUCUAUGGGUCCAAAUUUUGUUGUUUUUCUGGGUCAAAAAUAUGGAUAUCGUCCAAUACCAACGUAUGUUUUGAGCUCAGAAUUAGAGAUGUUGAGAACAGAAUUAGAAAUUCAGGUUAUGGAUGUGAGUGUUCUUGACACUUGGUAUAAAAAAGACAGUAAUGCUGUUCCACCAACUAGUGUCCUGCAGCCAAUUUCCUCUAUUCUCAAGAACUUUAAUAACAAAAGAAUACCAAAACUACAACAAGAAGAUCAAGCUAUAUGGUGGGACACAAUGACAAAGAUGCAGAAGCUCUUUCGAAAAGGAGCACAGUCUUUGUACAAUUCUGGAAAAUUCGAUAAGGAUACAAUGCAUAAUUACUUCAUGUCUGUAACGGAGAGAGAGGUUAUUAAUGGUAUACUUAACGUAAAAAAUACAAAAAAUCAUUGUUUGGCGUAUGUACGUUACAUAAACAAUAUCAAUCUCCAAAAUCUACGAAAAGCCAGUCUUUUUCUGGAUAUCGUUAACAGAAGUUUGGAUAACGAAGCAUCCCGACUCUUGGCAGAUCUAAGAGAUGAAAGAUUGCCAAAUAAAAUUGAGAGUGCCAAUUUACAAAGAUAUACAGUAGAGUGGAUCGGAAGAGAAGGUUUGGAUUCGGAUACUCAUGGCGAAUAUCUACAGCAUUUUAUAACACACUUUUAUAGAAAUAUGGUGAAGCUCGUAGACCGAGCGAUGAGAAAAGAGGAUAGCUCUGCUCAAGGGCAGAUAAUAACAGAAAUUUUACAACAUCUGCACGCCUGUAACAAUUCUGUUAAGGUGUUUUAUGGUCGACAAGAUACUUUGGAGAGGAUUAAAGAUUAUAUGCUACAAGGUGAUAAUGACAAGCCCUUAGUUCUCUACGGUGAAGGAGGUUGCGGUAAAACUUCUCUACUCGCUAAAAGUGCAGGACUGACAAGCAGCAUUUGGUUGGCUACAAAGAAACCAAUAAGUAUUAUUAGGUUUCUUGGUACAACACCAGAUAGCAGUGCCCUUACUCCGACUCUUAUUUCUAUUUGUCAACAGAUCUCUUAUAACUUUAUGCUACCCUUUGAAGAGAUUCCUGAUGAUUUGGUUCCACUAACAGCCCAUUUUAAACACCUGCUAACUUUGGCCACGACUGAACAACCUAUACUGUUAUUUCUGGAUAGCGUUGAUCAAUUAACCGGAGUCCAGGGUAACAAGUUGUCAUGGCUACCAACAAGAUUACCACAAAAUUGCAAGAUGAUCCUGUCUUGUGCUGCUGAGGAAUCCAAUCCAAUAAUAUCCAGAGACUAUUAUUUACUGAGACGGAUGAUAGAUACCGAAGAAAGCUUCAUAGAAGUCACUGCACUUGGUGAAGAUUUAGCAAUGGACGUAACCCGAAUGUGGAUGAAGACAGCUCAUAGGGACUUGAACAAUUAUCAAUGGCGACUAGUCGCCAACGCCAUAGCAAAAUGUUCUCUACCAAUUUUUGUAAAAUUGGUAUUUGCUGAGAUUUGCAGAUGGAGAAGUUAUACCAAACCGGCUGAUACUCAUUUGGCCAGUACAGUAAUGGAUAGUAUAAUGAUGCUGUUUGAAAGAAUUGAAAAACAGCACGGAAGAAUUUUAGUAUUCCAUGCUCUGGCUUACAUUACAGCAGCAAAAUCGGGCUUGUCUGAAUCAGAGUUGGAAGAUCUGAUAUCAUUGGAUGACAAAGUCCUAGACGAUGUCUAUCAGUACCACUUGCCACCAGUCAGAAGGAUUCCUCCUUUGCUAUGGACCAGAAUUAGAAACGAUUUGCCAAAUUACUUAAGCGAACGUGAAGCUGAUGGUGUCAGUGUGCUUAACUGGUAUCACAGACAAUUUCGCGAUACCGCUAAAGAAAGAUACUUUAAAAAUAUGAAUAUGGCAAUGUACUUUCACUCUAUGAUUGCGGAUUAUUAUCUUGGUAUUUGGGGUGGCGGAAGACCUAAACCUUUCAAAUAUACAGAAAUUCAAAGACAUAGAUUUAAUCUGACUGAUAAAGAGGGUGUGGCUGAUAGAAAGGUUCCGGAGCAGCCAUUAGCUUUUUAUUCAAAAGAGGGCAAGAUUUCAAGAUACAAUUUGAGAAAGUUUGGUGAAUUGCCAUAUCAUUUAGUGAGGGCACGCAGAUUUAAGGACUUGUUUGAAAACGUAUUAUUUAAUUACCAAUGGCUCCAUGCAAAAUUGAGUUCCUGCCCGCUCCAGGCCGUCCUCUCAGACUUUGAGGAUGCGUGUAAUAAUAUCGACGACCAGAAUUUAGUAAGAGAGCUGAUGCUAGUGGCAGAUGCACUACGUCUGGGAGGAGCAAUCCUAGGAAAUCAUCCAGAUAUGUUAGCACCUCAGUUGGUGGGCAGAUUGUUACCAGAAAUUGGUUGCAAUAUUAAUGUUCGCAUGUUACUCAAGGCCUGUGACAAUGACGGAGCCAAAGAUUGCGCGCUGCUGCCACUUUAUCAUUGCCUUCAUACACCAGGAGGACCCUUAAAGUAUUCUUUAGAAGGCCAUCAAUUCGCGGUUUUUGGAUUUUGUUUAACAUCAGACUACAGAUAUAUAGUAUCCAUUUCCAACCGGUUUAUAACGUGGGAUUUAAGUACGAGUGAUAUGACGAGAGAUGUUAAUCCUGGCAUAGAAGGAAUCAUGCAACAAUUGGUUUUAAGUCCAGACAAUAGAUAUGCAGCCGCAUUUACUACGAAUAAUCAGAUUGUGGUUCUAAAUACACUCACGAGUGAAUUCGUGAUUAUUAAUAAUCCUAUACCAAAUGAAGAGCCUGUAUAUGGAGUACAUUUAAUGAACCAGUAUGUUUUCAUAUUUGGAAGGAUGGGUUGGUGUAAAUUUGAUCUGCGGGGUAACCUCCUAGGAAACUACACAAGUCCUGAGGAUUCCAAUCAAUGGCCAAUUCUAUAUGUGGAGUAUUCAACUCUAGAUGACUACAGGAUUAUUUUUUGGUCAGGAAAUUUAGAAGAUUCUUCAAUGCUUUUACAUGCAUACAAAAAAAAAGGUGCACUAGACCCCUUCCAUUUUCACAGUGCAAUGGUGAUGACCAACGAUAAGAAAACCUUGUACGCCUGUACUAUGACAAAUGAUUAUCGUGUGAUUAAAUACACCAUUGAUGAAACUUCGUCUUAUUGGGAGAAUACUUUGGAAAUGCCUAGAGCUGAUAACGAUGAGGUCGAAUAUUUACUUCAGCUAAAGCUCGAUAAGGAGGAGGAAACUCUUAUGGCUACUUCUGGCAAUGGUUUUGUUAUGUGGUUUCUGGAAACCAAAAGUGAAGCUAUGGUACUGAUGUUACCCAACGGCGUCAGGAACAUUAAUACAAGAAUGCUCUGCUCAAAUUCCAUUAUGGUUAGUGGUACAAAAAAUUAUGCUGUGGCUGGUGUAAGAAAAAAUUUAUACGUUUGGAGUUUGGAAACUUGUGAGCUGGUUAAAAUUCUGGAUGCACACUUUGCAAGAAUUAUACAGCUAGAGGCACUUACAAUUGGCAAUUGGAACAGCGUCAUAACAUCUAGCAUUGACAGAAAUGUUAAAGUUUGGAAUAUUAACAAUAUUUUUGAACAAGUUCACGUUAUUGACAGGCACGAACUACAAAUAGAUUCCAUAAGUUUAGCAGAGCACUGCAAUUUGGCAACUACAGUUACAAGAGGAUGUGUCGGUGUAUGGGAUUUACAGUCGGGAAAACUGAUUUCAAAAUUGGCAGACAGUCCACUAGGUGCAAUAGUUACUCACGCUUGCAUCACGCAUAAUGGCAAAUGUAUAAUAUCUACGGAGUCAGGUAAUGUCCUUAUAUGGAAUAGGAUUACAGAACAAGUUCUGUUUAAAGAAGAACAGCCAGGUAUCAGACAACUUAGUUUAAUACAAGACACUUCUAAGUUCUUGACGGUAUCUAGACCAAGUAAUCCUCCAGGAGUUGAGAGUGUUCGAACAACAGCAACUCUUGUUGUUAGAAACAUUCCAGAUGGUAUAACAAUAUUUUCCUUGGAGUACCCUGUGAGAAGUCAUACUGGAACACCCUUUAGACAAGUUGUAGUUACAUCGGAUGAAUCACAUUUAGCUGUUCCAGCAGCUGACAAGGGUAAUAGAGAUUGUGUAAUAAUUUACAGUGCAAAAACAGGUUUGCUGAUCAGCAAGUUAUCGAUAAAAAUACCUGGAUUUAAAGAUAUUGUUAGCAUUGUUCCUAUGCCAAAUCGAGCUCAGUGGAUUGGCAUAAUAGGCUCUGACAAAGGCAGUAUUAUGGAUAUAAAUAAGAAGAAAAUAGUCCGGUCUAUACCAAAAUGGAGUGGAAAUAUGAGUAAGGAUGGAAAAUACACUUUGUAUGCUCCUAGUAGGGGUGGACUUGAGCUUAUUGAAUUAAAAAAGGGUACUACAGUGAAAACAUAUAUUCCCAAAGUUGCAGAGGGUGUAUUCACUGUAAUUUGUAUGUUUAACCGUACUGAUGAAUAUGUAUUAUAUUAUCACAGUGGCAGAAAGACUAUAAGAGUUUUUCGGGCAUCGGACUGUGAAAUGAUAGCAAACUACAGAGUUCAGGCAGAACUCAGUGCUAUAGACAGUACAUAUGAUGGUAAAGGUAUUGUUUUAGGUACUGUUGAUGGUUGCGUAUCAGUCUUAGCUAUAGCAGAUCCUCAAAAAUCUGAUAUGAAGGAUUAUCUGGCAAAUCUGCCUUCAAGAGAUGAACAGUGGAAAAAGAAAAUGGAAAAACAAAGAGCUGCCACAAAAUUCAAAGCAGCAGCACGAAUUGCGCGUGUAACACAGGAUCUGGCAAAGACUGUAAGAAACGUAAAUGCCAUUUCGGAGGUCGCAGAAGAAACGGAUGAGGAAGCAGAGUAAAUAAGUUUCUUUCGAAAUAAAUGUCACCGAGGGAAUACUGGUAAAGAGUAUUAGUCCUCGUGUAUUCUGUUUCUAAAAUUAAACUUAUGAUAGAUCGGCCCCCUCCAAAACUUCGAUCUACUCCGGAUUCAAUCAUAUUUUCGGUGCCUACUAGGCUCGGUAACUGUUAGACAGAAAAUUCCAUAAGGCGAGGAUCUUUUACUAGUCGUUUGUCGGUGUAACUACUUUAACGGUAGAACGAUUAAUAGACUAUUAAUAUAUGUAUAAUAACUGUCUGUAUUAAUAUAUAAUACAUAUGUACGUACGGCAUAUAAAGCAUGUAACCAGAAAUACUUUACAAUGAACUAAAAAAUAAGCAAACAGCAAAGAUGAGUUUUAAAGGGUAAGUUAUAGAGACGAGAUUAUGGAAUUUAUAUUAUAUUUAUUUGUGUCUUUUCAUGGA